AUGGAAGAUUUUGAGCAACUAUCUGAUUUAAAAGCAAACGUUUCUAAAAGUUCAUUAUUUUGUUCAGGUGUUUCGGAUAGAAUGAAAGGUCUUUUGCUGGAGGAUCUGCAGAUGAAGGAGGGUUCAUUCCCUGUCCGUUAUUUGGGAGUUCCUCUAAUUUCUUCCAAAUUAUCUGCUGCUAAUUGUAGAUUGCUUUUGGAUAGAAUUUCUGGUCGGAUGGUUUCUUGGACUUCAAAGAACCUUUCCUUUGCAGGAAGAGUUGUCUAUGAUUCCCAAAGUAAUCUUAAUGCGAAGCUGGAUUCGAUUUUGAAGAACGGUUUGUGGUGUUGGAAACCAGCCCGAUUUGAGACCCUUGUUGAAAUUCAGUGUCGUCUUCCUGUGGUGCAGAUUGUAGAUGCUAAUAUGCCUAUAUGGACCAUUUCCAAGAAUGGUUCUUAUGUUAGUUCUGACACUUGGGAGUCUUUGAGGCAAAAGAAAAGCUUAGUUCCAUGGUGGUCCCUUGUUUGGUUCCCCCAGGCCAUUUCGAAACAUGCAUGUUUGUUAUGGCUAGCUGUUCAAAACCAUUUGACCACUAGUGAUAGGCUUUUGUCAAGGGGCUUCUCGGGUGAUACUAGUUGUGUUUUGCUUAGUAGGACGUUGUGGAUGAAGGCUGUAAAAAUUGGAAAACAAAAUUUAUGUUUGGAGUGGUCUGUUGCUUGGUGUUAA